GACAGGCGUUGGUGCCAGAAGAAACCAGCAGCGCCUAUCGUUGUAUCCGCCGGCCGCGCCUGGGAGCUGAAAUGGGCUCCGGUUCACUGCCUACGCGGCCUUCUCCGUCGGCGUUGUCGCCGCCGUGGCCCAUCCCCGGCCGCGCGCGCCCUCCUCGCCUCUGCAGCCUCGGCACAGGCAAGCUCAGGGCCUUUUCCAUCAAAGCAAGUCAUAGUGGUCUGAGCGAAGUAUCUGUACAGAGCCUUCCUGAUACUGAAGUUACCGGUGCUGCUUACAGCUUCACUGGAGCAACGACAUCACUUACCAACAAGAUUCUAACCUCGUCCAAGAAGAUUACUCUUGUUAGACAUGGCUUGAGCUCAUGGAAUGCAGAAAGCCGUGUCCAGGGAAGCUCAAAUCUGUCGGUGUUAACAGAAACCGGUGCCAAGCAGGCAGAGAAAUGUCGUGAUGCUCUUGCAAACAUGAAGUUUGACGUUUGCUUCUCUAGUCCUAUCUCACGAGCAAAGUCAACUGCCGAAAUUAUUUGGCAAGGGAAGGAAGAACCCCUUGUUUUUCUCAAUUCACUGAAGGAGGCACACCUCUUCUUUUUAGAGGGCAUGACCAAUGCGGAUGCUAAGAAGCAAUACCCAGAGUUGUACACCAAAUGGAGGGAGGACCCUGCAAACUUUCAUGUUAAUGGCAUAUACCCGAUUAGGGAGUUGUGGGGAACAGCAAGACAAGCCUGGGAGCAGAUCUUGCUCACUCCGGGUGAAAACUUCUUGGUGGUUACGCACAAAUCUAUUUUGCGUGCACUCAUCUGCACAGCACUAGGUCUCCCUCCUGAGAGGUUCCGUGCCAUUGAUGUAAACAAUGGUGGCAUGUGUGUCUUCACGGUCAACAAACAAGGAGAAGCUAUGCUUCAAGCCCUCAAUAUGACAGCACACAUAACUGUGAAGCCCCCAUCUACAAUGUGCUUGCUCAAAUACUACCUGAACUGACGAGGUUGGCCACAACUAGGGCCGCGACGCCUGCAGCGGCUGCGGCCACCGCGACCCUGACCACGACGGCGACGACCCUCGGUCAUCGUCUUGUGUGUUUGCAAGUGAAUUAUUGCCGUUGUUACGGUUUGGUGUGGCAAAGUCCGAAGCAGGUGUUACAAACUAAAAGAUAUGUCGAUCUUGUGAUUUGAAUUGAAUAAAUUUCAUGAUAUCUUGUGAUUUGAA